GCAGGACUGACCACUACAAGGAACCAUGGAGACUUUCAAUACCAACAGUGGAUUAACUUCUGUUUUUACUGGAGACAAUGUUACUCAGCAGUCCGGUAGUCUGUGGAGACCGUGGACUGGAAUAGAGGACAAAACUGGUGCACACAAGGCUCAUUCCAUUCAUGGAGACCUUUCUGCUGCAAAGCAACCCAAAACCCCGCAGGUCGUUCACCCAGUGAAGUUGUACUGGCCUAAAUCGAGAUGUUUUGAUUAUUUGUACCAGGACGCAGAAAUGCUCCUGCGCAACUAUCCGGUCCAAGCGACCAUCUGCAUAUACGAAGACUCAAGCAGUGAUGAAGACAGCGAGGAUGAAGAGGAGGAGAUGGGGAAAGAGCUGAACUAAAUGUGGCUCUCUGAAGCCUUUGAAGACGAGUUGUUGCAUAAUGUGAUAAUAUAUUUCUCUUAACUUAUUACUGUAAAUAUAUAUAAAUAGACUUUUUUUUUUUCAUUUCUAUACCAAACAAGAAUGUAAAUGCUUAAGUUAUUCCUUUAACAUUUCUACCUCUUUUGUAUUCUGCUGAAAAUUGCAAUAAAAUACUUUAAAUUAAA